UACUACGAACAUCAAAGGAAAGGCCUCGACACAUCUGACGAAAGAACGAGCCUCAUCCUCUGCGAAUCCUAUGAAUGCGAAAAUAUCAUUUCGGAGUUAACCGAAAUAAAUUUAAUCCACCGUUCGAUGCUAUAUAUUUUCUACUGGCAACACGGGGCCGUUAGUAAAAAGUUUCGCGACAGUAUCGUGGAAGCCAUGAGAGUGGUCGUUGUAACUCCGAGGAAGAACGUUUUCCGCAUCUACUACAACCAAGCCACUCCCGACAGACCGAGUCUUCUGACUCUGGUCAAUUGGUGGUCUGAUCGGCUAUACAAGAACCCAGUCUUGCCACCCACUGACAAGGUCUAUAAAGACUUUCAUGGACGAACCUUCAAUGUUCCUGUUUUGCAUGCUCCACCUUGGCACUUUGUACAGUAUAAGAAUAAUUCAUCUGCGGUGAACGUGACAGGGGGCAGAGAUGACAAACUAUUGGCAGUGCUGGCUAAGAAAUUGAAUUUCAAAUACAAAUAUUAUGACCCGCCUGUCCGUAGCCAGGGGUCAAUGAUCUCUGGAAAUGGAACUUUCCAAGGGGUGCUCGGCUUAAUUUGGAAACGGCAAGCAGAUUUUUUCUUGGGUGACGUAACAAUAACGUGGGAGAGACUUCAAGCUGUGGAAUUCUCCUUUCUGACGUUGGCUGAUUCUGCUGCUUUUCUCACACACGCACCAGACAAACUCAGUGAAACGCUCGUUAUCAUCAGACCUUUUCAGUGGCAAGUUUGGCCACUAGUAUGUACAACAUUACUAAUAAUAGGCCCAGCUUUAUGGUUCGUGAUAGCUGCUCCAACGUUCUGGCAUCCACGACAGCGUAACCUCCUCAAGCUGCUGGACGAAUGCUGUUGGUUUACGACUACGCUGUUCUUAAGGCAAACCCCCAACAAGGAACCUUCGCGUUCAAACAAAGCGCGUCUGGUGUCCAUCCUUAUAUCCCUAGGGGCUACUUACGUCAUUGGCGAUAUGUACUCCGCAAACUUGACUAGUCUGAUGGCCAGACCGGCCAAAGAGCAACCUAUAGGGACCCUGGAAAUUCUUGAAGAGGCCAUGAGGGAAAGGGGCUAUGAAUUAGUUGUGGAGAAGCACAGCUCCACGCUAACCAUAUUGCAGAAUGGGACAGGCGUAUACGGCUCUCUCGCUCGUUUAAUGAAACGCCAGCGCAUACAGCGCGUGCGCAGUAUCGAGGUUGGAGUGCGAAUGGUACUGUCAAAACGACGUAUAGCUGUUCUGGGUGGACGAGAGACACUCUACUACGAUACGGAAAGAUUUGGUUCCCACAAUUUCCACUUGAGUGAAAAACUUUAUACCCGCUACUCAGCCGUCGCCCUACAAAUCGGCUGUCCGUACUUGGAAACAUUCAACAAUGUGGUAAUGACGCUUUUUGAAGCCGGCAUUUUGACGAAAAUGACGACAGAUGAAUAUAAAAACCUCCCGGAAGCGGCUAGAAGGUCUGAGAAAGUGACAGAGAGUGAGAACAGAGAAAGCAGCGAAUCAGGAGAAGGUGGAGCUACCUCUCAGGGGCAAGGUGAAUCCACAAUAGGUUUAGAACCUGUCUCCCUUACGAUACUACGCGGAGCCUUUUGUCUCCUUGGAGUGGGAUACUUAUCUGCGGCAAUCGUCUUGUCCGUAGAAAUACAGGUAUACAAACGUAACAAGAACCUCGCCUCAGAAGGAAAUGCCGUAAUCCAGGACUCCAGGAAAUUGAGACGAAUUAAUAGGUACAUGUGGCGACGUUUGAGAAGAUUUUUCCGGACCUGUUAUAGAUAUAUUGAUAACGCUCUAAGUCCUGUGGCUUGA